CUCACGUGAUCACAGCGUUUCUUGUAGUCUGAUUCUAGUAUCAGUACCGUCGAGUCACAAAAUAAAGUUAUGGAUUCAGAAUUCGGUUUCGUGAUUGUUUUCAUCUUUCUCUCAGAUAUGGUUUUACUAACAUCCAGUAUUGGAAAAAGUGUUGGACAUUUUCGUGUGCUUCGUAAACACCCUCAGUUAAGGAAAUGCGCAGAGGAGAAUCUGAGUCACACUGAGUAUGUUGGCGUACGUACAUCUGAAAAGACAGGUGUUUGCGAGGGCUUGUCCCAUUCUUGGGGUCGGAACCAAACCAUUGAAAAUGGGUAUGGAUAUAUGACGAAAAUGAACAUGGACCUAACAUUUAAUCCGCCGGCUGCACUUUCAGUUCCAUCAAAUGAAGCCUGGACUGCUACGAUUAUCCCCGGUAUCUUCAGCAAAGGAGCAAGAAUUGAUUUCCAUAUCACAGGGACGAUAGAGGACUCGAACAACAAGUUAGAUUUCAUGUUAAACGAUGGUAUCGGAGGUCCCCUACAGCUCGUGAUAAGGUAA